GCGCGCCAAGCUGUUGUAAACCGGGGCUUUUCACAUGGACUGGAUUGGGUUGCUGGACUCGGUGUGUAUGUGUUCCGACUUCUUGCCCACUGUGAGCGAUGAGGGUGAUGAGAGACACGUGGCGCAACGUGGGGGCUUGCUCCUGACUGUACUCUGGACUUUAAUCGCCGUGGCGAGCGUUACUUUCGCUAUACGCAGCACUUCGUGGAACAGAAAGGGGGGUAUGACGGAGAAGCAUUAUGAGAAUGGUUCUGCGGAGGGAGAGGCUGGGGGGAAAGUAGGUGAUGUAGUAGUAGACAAAGGAGGAGGAGGAGGAGGAGGAGGAGGAGGAGGGGAGGGAGAAGACGGAGGAGGGCUAGGUGUUUCCUGCAGGUCGGCAUCGCAGGAAGCAACGACCAGUCGCCUUCAUGCAGCUGCUGGUACCGGUGGCAGUGGGACAGCUGUUGGUUCGGCGGCGGCGGCGACGGGCCGGCAAUCACAAUCUCAAAAUGGAAACGAUCCACGUGGCAGCCAAUUAGGAAAACAUCGACACGUGUCUAUGAUGGAGCAGCUCGUUCCAGAGAUCACCUACUACGCUCUCAGUUACUUGGACUACAAGAGUCUCUGUAGCGUCUCCAUGACAAAUUCUUCCAUGCGUCGUGCUGCCAACGAUGACAACGCCUGGAAAGCUCUCUACCACAAGGACUUCACGCUGGAGCAGGACAAAAUCACCCCUUUCGCUGGCUGGAAGGCUCAUUAUGCCCUCACCAAAGCGGUGAUAGAGGCUAACGAAGCCUUCUACAACUAUUUCCGAGCAAAGUCCGUCCGCGGAAUGGCACGAAUUUGGCUGGAUGCUGAUUACGUCAAGUGCAUUCAUAAUGGGGGCCAACUUGUAUCGGGGUAUUCGGCGGUCAUUGAGCGGUGGCGAACAGUGUUCAGUUGGACUGAACGGUUCGACUUCGUGUUGCGGGAUGUGCGACCUCGUGUGAUGGGGGAUGUGGCAUGGGUGACUCUGAAGAAGUUUGUCAAUGGAUCCGUGCAUCCUAUUUUGGCCACGAAUUGCUUUGAGCUUCAUAAUAAAAAAUGGUACAUUGUUCACCAUCAUAGUUCUCCCCAGUUGGAUGAUCGACCAAUGGAAGAAGGGUUUCUGAUCGGAUGAGAAUCAAGUUAGAGAGAGAGAGAGAGAGAGAGAGAGAGAGAGAGAGAGAGAGAGAGAGAGUUGGGGGAUUCACAGGAAGAAGAACGAAGAGGAGCCCAACGAGGAGAGCAGUGGGUUCGUUUUGCGUGUUACGUCCACCAAACGUCGUGUGGUCAUCUGGUAAAUAUCGCCGUAGACUGCUUAGCUGGCCAACUCAACUGGUCAGUUUGCGGAUUCCAUUUUGUUCGUCGACUAGACCAGCUUUCUUUUCCUUGUAUAUAAUUGCGGUUUGUCCUGUUCGCUACCAUCAUCACUGAAACCCCACAGGAAAGCCCUUAGCGGUGAGUGUAGGGGCAAAAAAUGUCUCAGAAACUUCUGGGGCCUCCUACCCAAGUGAAACCUUGUUGUGCGCCCCUCCUCGACCACGACAGUCUGCGAGGCACUUGACAUGUUUUCACUUGACAUGGCUCUGCUUCUAUGGCGAGUGAAAAUGGGUUUUCACUUUUUGUCCGAUGAAACGAUGACAUGUUUUCACUUGACAUGCCUCUGCUUCUAUGGCGAGGGGAAGUCCGGAGGGGGUUGGUUAUUAGGGCCAACUUGUGUUGAUUGUGACUAAGGAACAGUGAAGGAAGCUGUGAGUAGUGGAUCUGGCAACGUCAAGACCCCCGGGCCCUUCGUAUCUUUGACUUAUGGUCCCUGGUCCCAGUUCCAGUUGUCCCAGUUCCAGUCGCCGAUGACUCCUUUGGGUAUGGUAGCAUAGUGAGUGGAGGAUUGAAGUGUGCCAACAACAGUUCCCCGUGCUUGCGGGUAUACUAUGCCGGGUUACCCGCAUACUAUGUGGAUGCGCUUGUAAAUAAUGAACAACAGAAUAAAGU